UCUCCUCCUUUCCCUAAUCCCCCUACCCCCACCUUCCGUAAAUCUGCGUCUUUCUUCUCCUCUCGAGCUUGUUCGAUGCGAUCCUUUCACGAAUUUGUCAUCAGAAACACCGAUUUCCAAGGAUAGAAGCCCCUCUCGAUUGAUUCCCCACGCCGAGCUCUCCAUAACGAGCUUUAUUUUGUUCCAACCGGCGCUCUCUGCGCCCCGAUUCGAACCCUAGAAGCUCUCGAUCCCUAAAAACCUAACCAUAGAAGGACUGAGAUCGCCGGAUCCGCCGUGAAUUGCUCCCCUGAGAUCGCCGGAGCCGCGGCCGACGCCCCUUAUGCGCGUCGCCGGAUCUAAUCGAUUCUUCUUGAACCCUAGCGAGAAGGAAACCCUAGCUCGGAUGGCGAGGGACCGGCCCCGCGGCGGCGCGAACCGGGCGGGGGAGGGUGAGAUCUCCGACGGCGACUCGUCGGCGUCGCUGGAGGAGAUCUCUGCCGAGGACUUCAAGCAGGACGCCCGGGCUCCCCCGAGAUCCAAGGUCUGGGUGGGUUACCCCAUGUCGAGGAACUAUGCCCCCAAUCUCUAUAGCUUCGCGUGGGCGCAGGCCGUGCAGAACAAGCCUCUUGGUUUGGAUUUGAAGCCGAUGGGCUCGGCCGAUUCACCGGCGAAGAGCGCCGGCGGCAAGCUGGUGAAGGAGGAGGCUUACAAUGUGGUAGAUAGCAGCGAGGAGUCUGGCGGUGGAACAGAGAAGGAAGAAGGUGAAUUGGAGGAAGGGGAGAUUGGGUUCGGGUCAGAGCCGGUAGGUGGAGAAAUUAUCGAUCUUUCGAUUGAUAAACCGGAGAAUGGUUCGGAAUCAGAAGAGAAGGAAUUGGAUGGGAAGGAAACAGAAGAGAUUGGUGAAUUCGAUAGGCGUGUGAGCUUGAUUUUAGAGGAGUUAGAGACUGUAACUGAAGAAGAGGUGGAGAAAUCGUUUGAUGGUGUCUGUUCGCGCUUGCGUCAGUCUUUCGAAAUGCUGAAGCCAAUGUUUGCGGAGACAGAGAGCCCUGUUCCGGUGCUAGAUGCUCUUGUUCAACAGGCAUUUGCUGGAAUUAAAACAGUUCAUUCUGUGCUUGGUUCUGAGAACUUAAAGAAAAAGGAGCAGAAUAAAGAUUUACUUUUGAGGUUGUUAAUCCACAUAAAGAACCAAUACUCUAAUAUUUUAUCACCUGAGCAAGUGAAAGAGAUAGAUACCAGAGUGCAAUCAUUGGUUUUUGAGGAUGAUAGCUAUAAAGAGAGCAAGUUACAUGCUGGGAGUGGCACCAAUACAAAUGAUAAAACUCAUCUAGCUGAAAAAUCUGAUAUCUCUCCUCAUAGUUUGGUUUCAUCUGAGAACUCACUUGCAGACAGUUCUAUAGGCAGCAAAAAUGUAAAGGCUGGUCUGCCUAAUUUAGAUACACCUACGAUCUCAAGAGGUAGAAUGGUUAGUCCAUUGCUGGAUCUUCAUGCGGAGUAUGAUGAAGAAAACCUUCCCUCACCCACACGUGAGAAUGCUCCACCAUUGCCUAUACAUAAACCUAUUGGUUUUGGAACUGGGACAGUUGUAUUCACUGAGCCAAUAACUCCAAAGAAUGUUGAAGCUGAAGAUGAUACACCUCAUCCCUACAUAACAGAUGCCUUCAAGGCUGUUUCAUCCUACCAACAGAAAUAUUUUUUUGCAAGUAACCGGCUCCCAAGCCCUACACCUUCUGAGGAGGGUAAUGAUAAAGAUGAUGCUCAUGAUGAAGUCUCUAGUUCUUCAGCCAAUAGAAAUGCUGGAUGUGUGAAUACAACUAGUCAGAUUCAGGUUGCUACCAGCAGUGCUGCUUGUACAGAUAGCUCAAGUAGUCAUCAGCCAGGUACUGUUAAACCUGUUGGACAAUUGGGUUCAGCACCAAACCUUGCUACAAGGCCUGCUUUGAAGAGUAGGGACCCAAGGCUUAGGUUUGUCAGCUCAGAAAGUGGAAGUGCUUCAGAUCCUAACACACAGGUGAUGUCUUUGGACUCUAGCGCUCCAAAUAAUGGCCCUGUUGGAGGAAUAACCAACCCUAGGAAGCAUAAGGCUGUUGAUGAGUCUUUGCCUGAGAAUCAUACCUUGAAAAGGCAAAGAAAUGGGCUUACAAAUUCAGGUGAUGUGCAGAUGAUACCAGGAAGAGGAGGUGGGUGGUUAGACGACAGCAGUGCUGUGGGCUCGCAACCAAGUGACAAGAUUCGAUUAAGUGAAAACAUGGAAAUUGAGACUAAGAAUCCAGUAAGUGUAGUCGGGUCUGACAGAAGGCCGGAUUCUAACCCUAACAUCCAUGUAUCUAAUACUGGAACUUGCCCGAUACCAUCUAGUACCGCUGCCCCAGCUAGUAGCACUGCUCCAUCAAGUAGUGCUGCUGCUUCCGUUUCUUUUCCUUCUUUAUUGAAGGACAUUGCUGUAAACCCUACCAUGCUUAUGCAACUAAUUCAAAUGGAACAACAAAGAUUAUCAGCUGAGGCUCAGCAGAAAACUGUUGGUUUGAUGCAAAAUAUGGCACAUGCUUCAAGUCUUAAUGUAUUAUCUGGAGCUGUUUCUUCAGCAACUGUUGCUUCUAUGAAAUCCACAGAAGUUGGUCAGAAUCCAGGAGGAAGACCUCAAGUGCCUCCCCAAACGGUUUCCACGAAUUCUCAGAGUGAUGUGGGAAGAAUUCGUAUGAAACCUCGUGAUCCUCGCCGUGUUCUACAUAAUAUGGUCCAGAAGAAUGAGACUGUAGUUUCGGAACGGGCGAAACCAAAUGGAACGCUCUCAUCAGAUCCUCAGAGUAGCAAGGACCAGUCAGCAAUUGGAGAGCAGGGAGAACAGGCACAGGCCACCACUUUGCCUACUCAGCAGUUUGCUAAGAAUACCAAGAAUCUAGGGGAUAUUUCUUCUACUUUGCAGUCGACCACUACUCCCCCAGCAGCUUCUCAAAUCAUCUCCCAACCAAUUCAACUCAAGAUAAAUAAGGUGGACCCAAGACCUGCUGCAGCAGUGGUGAGUGAUCCAAAGACUCUGUCUGCUGUGACUUCCGAAGGCAGCACGACAGGUGCUACACCAUCAACAAAUCCAUGGGGAGAUGUUGACCAUCUACUGGAUGGGUAUGAUGACCAACAGAAAGCCGCCAUCCAAAGAGAGAGGGCAAGAAGGAUAGCAGAACAAAAUAAGAUGUUUGCUGCUCGGAAGCUUUGUCUUGUCCUUGAUCUGGAUCACACACUCCUUAAUUCAGCCAAGUUUGUAGAAGUAGAUCCAGUUCAUGAAGAAAUUUUAAGAAAGAAAGAAGAGCAAGACCGAGAGAAGCCACAACGGCAUCUUUUCCGCUUCCAGCACAUGGGAAUGUGGACCAAGUUGAGGCCAGGAAUUUGGACUUUUCUAGAGAAGGCUAGUAAGCUCUAUGAAAUGCAUCUCUACACAAUGGGGAACAAGUUAUAUGCUACCGAAAUGGCAAAGGUGCUUGAUCCGACAGGAACUUUGUUUGCCGGCCGAGUUAUCUCAAGAGGAGAUGACGGUGAUCCUUUUGAUGGUGAUGAAAGGGUACCUAAAAGCAAGGAUCUAGAUGGGGUUUUGGGUAUGGAAUCAGCUGUCGUGAUCAUUGACGAUUCUGUGAGGGUCUGGCCUCAUAACAAACUGAACUUGAUUGUUGUAGAGAGAUAUACUUACUUUCCAUGUAGUAGACGACAAUUCGGACUAUUUGGGCCUUCUCUUCUUGAGAUUGAUCAUGAUGAGAGGCCAGAAGAUGGGACGCUUGCUUCCUCGUUAGCGGUCAUUGAGCGAAUUCACCAGAACUUCUUCUCUCAUCAUUCUCUAAAUGACAUCGAUGUUAGAAACAUACUUGCAGCUGAGCAGCGUAAGAUCCUCGCAGGAUGUAAGAUAGUUUUCAGCCGGGUUUUCCCAGUGGGGGAAGCCAAUCCCCAUUUGCAUCCUCUGUGGCAGAUGGCUGAGCAGUUUGGUGCUGUGUGCACCAACCAGAUUGAUGAACAGGUCACUCAUGUUGUUGCCAAUUCUCUUGGAACCGACAAGGUGAAUUGGGCUUUGUCCACAGGAAGAUUUGUCGUCCAUCCAGGCUGGGUAGAAGCUUCAGCUCUUCUGUACCGGCGGGUGAGCGAGCAUGACUUUGCUGUUAAAUAAUAACCAACACAGCCCCCCUUCCCAAACUGAAACCCACUAGACCCAUCGUAAUUAAAAUGCUGGGAAUUAUGGAGGAUAACAAAUGAUGAAGAUUGGUGCCACAACAAACAUAUUUAAACUAAUGUCAACACCAGUAAAACCUGGAAUCACCAUUUAUCCUCUUUGGAAGUCAAAGAGGUAAUUUGGGAAGGAACAACAUGGUGCAGAACCUGAAGGCCGAAAUGGAGGUUGGUGGGAUGGCUAAGAGUAGAUUCAAAUGGAGGAAAGAAAUUGAAGACCUAAAAAAUGUCUACUGGUUAUAUUUGAUAGCUUAAGCAACUCCCAAAAUAGGUGAGAAUAUUUUUUAAGUGUGGCCUUCGACCCUCACGUGAUCCUGAAGUGGGAACCUCUUGCAUUGAGAUGCCUUUCCUGUUUUGGUGUAAAGAUUUUGAAAUUCUGGAGAGAGAAAUGAAAAGAAUUGAAGUUUGAAAGAGAAGGCUCAACGGAGUGAAUUCUAUUCGGUGAAACUAGGUUCGUUUUUUUGGCUGUAUCAAAACGUACUAGUAAAAUUCGCUAGGUGGCACUGUUUGAUUGAUCCACAUGAUCAGGGAAGCUAUCAACCCCGGAUUGCCGUCCUGGUUUGGUGGACUGUGGCGCGGCACGUGUCACGAUGAAGCACCAGGGGUUUGGUUGGGCAAAAGAAUGGAUGUCUCUUGGAGACUUAAUGGGACCAUUGCCUUUCUAAAUGUUAACAUUAAUUAUGCCAAGUACUCGGCGGCAUUGGCAGUGGAAGUCCUCUGCAACCAUGCCCACCUAACCAUGGAAGUGUUAAAUCCACUGUUAUUUUCCCGAAGUUUGUGUAACUGGAGGAAAGUGCGUAGCGGUAGCAAUUGCCAAAGACGUUGAUCUUGACUUUUUCUUCGCUUGAGUCAACUUGUUGCAAUGGGCUGUUUUUAUUGGAGGAGAGAACAAACCAUUCUAGCAAAAGAAAAUAAAAAAAAGGUUGAUCCUUGCCUCCCGGAAGAAAAGGUGAUCACAUUGCUUAUUUAACUAAAUGUAAGUUAAUUCGAACUUAUUGUC